AUGUCGGGCCGCGGUAAGGGAGGCAAAGGACUGGGAGGCAAGGGUCUGGGAAAGGGAGGCGCCAAGAGGCACAGGAAGGUCCUCCGCGACAACAUCCAGGGCAUCACCAAGCCGGCCAUCCGCCGUCUCGCUCGCCGUGGCGGCGUCAAGCGUAUCAGUGGCCUUAUCUACGAGGAGACCCGCGGCGUCCUCAAGAUCUUCUUGGAGAACGUGAUCCGCGACGCUGUCACCUACACGGAGCACGCUCGCCGGAAGACCGUCACCGCCAUGGACGUCGUCUAUGCGCUCAAGAGGCAGGGCAGGACCUUGUACGGCUUCGGUGGUUGA